AGCAGGGCUGGGCAGAGCAGGAGGAAGAGGAGGAGCAGGAGCAGGAGCAGGAGCAAGGGGAAGAGCAGGAGGAGGAGCAAGGCAGGGGGUGCCAGCCCUGUCCCUGGCAGAGCCAUGGAGAAAGAAGCCCCCUCCGGCGGCGCCCCCGCAGCCCCUGCCCCGUCCUCGCCCCGCUUCAAGGAAGAGCUGCUGUGCCCCAUCUGCUACGACCCCUUCCGCGAAGCCGUCACGCUGUGCUGCGGGCACAACUUCUGCAAGGCCUGCGUGAGCCGCUCGUGGCAGCACCAGCACCGCCACCCCUGCCCCGUGUGCAAGGAGCUGUCCUCGCCCGACGACCUGCGCCCCAACCGCAACCUCAACAACAUCGUGGAGAUGGUGCUCCAGGACGAGAGCCGGGCGCCGGCGGGCGGCACCGCCGUCUGCCCCGUGCACCGCGAGGAAGCCAAGCUCUUCUGCUGGCAGGACAAGGAGUUGGCCUGCUGCCUGUGCCAGAGCUCGGAGAGGCACGCGGGGCACAAGAUGCGGCCCGUGGGGGAGACCGCCAAGGACUACCGGGCAAAGUGGAGGAACAUGGAGAACUCCCUGCGGGACAAAGUGAAGGAUUUCCGGGCUGUGCAGAGAGCCUACGAGUCCAUCUCCAAGCACAACCAGGUAGAGGCAGCUCGGCUGGAGGAGCAGAUCCAGCAGGAGUUUGAGAAGCUGCACGAGUUCCUGCGGGGUGAGGAGAAAGCCGUGCUGGCCGAGCUGCGGGACGAGGCCCGGAGCAAGCGGGGCCUCAUCGACGGCAAGGUGCAAAAGCUGGCGGAAGAGAGCAGCACCCUGGUGCGCGAAGCCGACCUGCUGCAGGCCGACCUUCGGGAGGAUGACUGCACCUUCCUCCGGAAACACAAGAACCGCAAGCGCAGAAUUGCCUGCACAGCGGAGGAGCCGGAAGCGGUCCUACCGGGCAUGCUGAUCGACGUGGCCAAGUACCUGGGGUCCCUCCAGUACGACGUGUGGAAGAGGAUGCUGGGGAUCAUCCCCGUCGUGCCUUUCAGCUUUGACCCCAACUCGGCAGCAGGCUGGCUUUCGGUCUCCAGCGACCUCACGGCAGUGGGCAACGGGGGCUACAAGCUGCUGGUGGACAACCCUGAGCGCUUCUCUUCAGCCCCCUGCAUCCUGGGCUCCUGCGGCUUCUCCAAGGGCUUCCACACGUGGGAGGUGGACCUGGGCGGGCUGGAGAACUGGCGCGUGGGCGUGGCACGGGGCCGCAGCGGCCGGCGCUGGAACUUCCACCACGCCGCUCGCUCGGGCUUCUGGUACAUCUACCGUCUGCAGGGCCAGGAGAGCGAGGCAUGCCGGGCCUCCAACUCGGCCCGCUCGGAGAUGGUGCCGGGGGCCCUGCGGCGACUGCGGGUGGAGCUGGACUGCGACGAGGGCGAGCUGUCCUUCUACGAUGCCGAACGGAAGAGCCACAUUUACACCUUCCACGAGAAGUUCAACGGCGAGGUCUUCCCCUACUUCUACGUGGGGAGCCUGGCGCCCGACGCAUCCUCUGGCUCCCUCCGCAUCUGCCCCUUGCAGGUCCAGAUCAGGGAGGACGUCCCCCCCUGAGUGGCACCGCCACGAAGGUCCCUUCCAUCCAGCAGGCAUCCCUAAAGGAAGCAAGCCCGUCUCGUCCUCCGUCUCCUUGCUCCGUCAAAGCCAUUUGUGGGGUGGUGGCUCUUUGUUUUCUACUACACAAAAGAUUGUUCCCUUUUUUUUGUUUUUAGAGAGAAAAAUAUUAAACUUUUGUUCUUA